UCGCUCGCUCGCUUUCUUGCUCUCCCGCUCCUAGCAGCCGCCGCAAGCUACGGACCCCGAGCACUCCCAGGCGCGCGCGCUUCUUCUGCAAAAAGUUGAGGGCUCUCUCUCAACUCGUUAUCAGGGUGUCAUAUGGGUGACAUCACUCCUCCCGCCAGCCAAUGGCUGGGCCCGACCCCGCCCAUCUCCCGUUAUUAUCCACAGGCCCCGCCUCCGUCCCCGCCUCCGGGCCAGUUUGCAAAGAUGGGGGGGGUUGUGGGGGGGGGGGGUCUGGAAAUAUGUUAUUUUUUUCAAAAGAAAUCCGCGAGUGCGUACAGCUGCGCGUGUCUACAGGGCGGACGCAGGACCGAGCGGGAGAGGCCAGCGCGGACACAAGGGCGCGGACGAUGGACCUACUCUGGGUGCAGACGCGCGCCCACAAGGGCACCGCGAGUGGGUGCCGCUGCUGCUCGCCCUGCUGGUCCCGGGCGGGUCGCGCCCUGCACCCGCGCGAUCGCUCUGCGCCGCUGCCAGGCGGAAGGUGGCGCUUCGACACCGCGCGGCGCCGUGCACGUGGGCUCAUCCUUUGGUCCCCUUUCUCCCCCCUUUCUGGAGUCGGGCGGCCGUGCUCUCCCUUCCCCCCCCCGCAACCCCAGUGCACCCGCAGGGUUUUGUCCCGUCCCCCCACCCCCUCCUGUUUUCCCUCCUAGAUCGCGCGCCACCCCUAAUUCGGCCAGAGUAACGGUCUGCGGAGACCAUCGGGCCUGGCGGCUCCGAAGUUGGUUCUUGGUUCGGAAAGGAGUCCUGGGUGUCAGGCGGGACGGGUCCAUGGGGAGCCCGGGAAUCGGCAUCGCAGCGCGCCGCCCCUCCCCCGCUCUCUACUCCACAGACCUCCCCCAGCCCCUGCGUCCCGCCUCCUCCUUCCAUCACCCACGCCCUCCUCCCCUGCAGCUCGGUCCUGAAACCCUGGCUCUGCUUCCCAGCACGCACCUUCUGGGUCAUUUGCUAUUUUAACCCAACGGUACAAACCGAAGCUAAAAAUGAGGUGUACUCGCGUUUAAAGUAAAGAUAUUUCUUAUUUUCCUGCAAAGACUAAAGCGGCGGCCCCAGCCUAGUUGCUUUCCUGGGCUCCUCAGAAACUCGAUUUUCUUUGUGUUGUCUCUUACCCACCUAUGGCUCUUCUGAGGACAAUGAAAAGAAGCUUUUUGUGUAACGUCGCUGCUCACCCUGUCUUCCUCAUACUCACCCACCCCCCAGCGCUGGGGGCUGGUUCUUAAGAUCUACAGCCCCUCACCCCACCCGGAGUUGCUCACCCGAGAAAUCGGCCGCCCGGGACUAGUGGAAUUAUCUAAACACACUUCCUUUCAGGUCACUGGAACCUUAAGAAUUUACAAUCGUACUGGGUGACCCGAAGCCUGGAGAUGUGGAAAAUCCAUGUGGUGUGUGGAAAUCCAUCUUUCUGGACAAGGAGAGGUCCUCUUGUUUUCUCUUAACUGCCGCCUGCAUUUCCCAGCGAUGGGGGAUGUCGGGAGGAGGAUGGGGUGGGGCCAGCGAGUCCCAUCAUAGGAGAAAUCUACACUCUAGAUACAGGGGAGGUAUUUCAUCUCGGCUUCCUCUCCACAUGUGAAGCAUGAGGGCAUCUACCAUCAUUAUUAUUUAUUUUGUGUUAUUAUC